GUGAUGCAGAGAUUCACUACUAUUGCUGAAUAAAGAUGCGUGAUAUGGAAAGCUUGCAGAAGAAGGUUUCGGGAUAAAAUGUUGGCGUAGGGAAAUUUAAUAUGUAGAUCUAGAUUGGUUCCACUAAGAGAUGGCAGUAUUAAAACGUGCCUAAAGAUACGUACCAAUAGACCCACUCCUGUCACCGUAUUGUAGGUUCUUACUGAUAAAGGGAGAAAAUUUCGAGGGGUACCGGUUCACCGAUAAGGCUAAGCCAUUAAUUUUUUUUUUCUAGUAUGCGCCGCGUUUAGAAAUCUCACUUCCACUUUCACAACUCCAGAACCAAAAAAAAAAUCAAAGACGCUGGGCUCACCGUCAGACUUCUUCGCGCCCACGAUUGAGGGCAUUUUGGGCAGUUUUACUGGCCCCUUUUAAAUCCCUCAUCGAAAUUCAUUAAUUAUUUUUAAUAGAUUGGAUUGUUGUCUUUCCUUUCCUUCCUCCCAAUCCGUCGUCACCGACAGGCCACGAUGCCUCACCAAGUUUCGCCGCCACUAAUGGUGGCCAAAUCCUCCGAUGCCCCUCCCCCGCCAUCGCAACAAGACAUUUCGUCCAUCCUCAAUACCAUUUUUACAGCAAAGACAUCAGCUGCCUCCAUCGAUGCCAGUUAUGGUCUAUGCGAAGUCUUUCUUAAUACCGUCGGCGCCCGAGGUUUACAUGAAUAUGGUGUAGUAGCUGAGGUUAAAAAGGCCGCUGCGGAUAAGAAGAGUGGUUUACGACGUGAGAGUGCUCAGAACCUUCUUGGCGCUCUUUUCGAAAAAUUCCCUCCCCGACAGCCUUUGAGCGAAGUAGUCUUCCUAGUUCAAGAUGGCGGUCUGGUUUCUUGCGCUUUGGACGCUUUGGCCGACAAGGGUACUGUGGUUCGCGACGCCGCACAAUAUGGUCUCGAUGCGCUUUUCGGUCAUUUAAGUGCUGAAGCCAUGGUUGUCGGCUUGUUACCCGCUCUCGUUACCUACCUCUCGAAGAAGACUGGAAAAUGGCAGGGCACCGUUGGGGCUCUGAAGCUGAUGCAGAGGAUGGCUGACAAAGCAAAAUUGGAGAUUGGCUGCACCAAAGAGCAGGCUCAAGAGAAGGAUAUUCUCCGAGAGGCUAUGGGUGCGAAACUCGCCAGUUUAAUCCCCAUUGUCGAAGGCAACAUGCACGAUCUUAAGUCGGAGGUCGAGAAGCAGGCUCUUGUUACAAUGCAGUCUCUUACAAGCCUGUUGUCUAACGAUGAUGUCGCUCCUAGAAUUCCUCUACUCGUCGACACUAUGCACCACCCCUCAACCCAAACCCUCCAAAAAGCAAUCCACGCUCUUUCACAAACGACCUUCGUCGCCGAAGUAACGUCUCCUGUCCUCGCGCUCCUUACUCCUUUCCUCGAGCGAACCCUUAACAAUCCUUCUACCGCUCAGGAAGUACUGCGCCAGACCGUUGUUAUCACUGAGAACUUGACCAAAUUGGUUCAUGAUCCCAUCGAGGCGCGUACGUUCUUGCCAAAGCUCCAGCCUGGUAUCAAAAACGUUGUCGAUCGCGCGCCGUUACCCGAGGUCCGUGAGUUGGCUACUAGAGCGUUGGAUGUUAUGGAUAAAGCUAUGGGCAACGACCAAGCGGUGGUGGAGAGAAUCUCCGCAGAUGAUGUAGCCAAGGUUCUUGACUCAGAAAUUAAGAAGAAUGGGGGGCUCUCAGGCGACCUGGAUUUCUACAAGCUAGCUCGUCCUUACAUCUGCGAGAUGGUAGCCGAGGAUGCCAACCAUCGCCAUGUCGCUCGAAUCCCCGCCAGAAUCGCUCCUUAUCUAAAGGAUCUGAUGCACCAGUCGGGCGCUAGUGAUGCUGUCGCAUCCGGUGUCCACGAAUUCUACGUCGCUGAGGAUGAGCGCAAGUACGGUGUGCCAGAGAAGGAGGACGAUGGAGAGAUCGAAAUCGUCAACGCAGAUUUCUCCCUUGCCUAUGGUGGUAUGCUUCUACUAUCUCACACUAACCUUCGGUUACUGAAGGGACACCGCUACGGUUUAUGUGGUCGUAAUGGUGCUGGCAAGUCUACGCUCAUGAAGAGUAUUGCUGGCGGCAAAUUAGAAGGGUUCCCGCCCCAAGACGUACUUCGUACCUGCUACGUCGAGCAUAAUCAAGGAGAAGAUGCUGAUAUCAGUAUCUUGGACUUCAUGGUUAAGGACCCUACAAUUGCGUCUGAAGGCAGAGAGAGAAUUUCUGAAGUCUUGGCCGAGUUCGGCUUCACGUCUGGUCCCGAGGGUAGGCAAUCUCAAAAGGUCGGCUCUCUAUCGGGUGGAUGGAAAAUGAAGCUCGCUCUUGCUCGAGCUAUGCUUCAAAAGGCCGAUGUUCUCCUGCUUGACGAACCUACCAAUCACUUGGAUGUCGCCAAUAUUGCCUGGCUCGAAAACUACCUGAAGAGCCACACGGAUAUCACCAGUCUGAUCGUUUCCCACGACUCUGGCUUCUUGGACAAUGUAACGACCGACAUUUACCACUAUGAGCCAGGAAAGAAACUUGGCCACUUCAAAGGCAACCUCUCGGAUUUUGUCAAGGUCCGCCCAGAAGCCAAGGCUUACUAUACCCUUUCCGCCUCCAAUGUUCAGUUCAAGUUUCCACCUCCAGGUAUCUUGAGUGGUGUUAAGUCACAAACGCGAGCUAUCAUCAGAAUGACUGGCGUCUCCUACCAAUAUCCUAAAGCGCCAAAACCGUCACUCUCGGAUGUUUCUUGCCAGUUGUCUCUUUCUUCCCGUGUCGCCGUCAUUGGUCCCAAUGGUGCCGGAAAGUCGACUCUGAUCAAGCUCUUGACGGGUGAAGUAAUUCCAACCAGCGGAAGAGUUGAAAAGCAUCCUAAUCUGCGAAUUGGUUACAUCAAGCAACACGCUUUAGAGCACGUCGAAAUGCACCUUGAGAAGACCCCCAAUCAGUACCUACAGUGGCGGUACGCCAAUGGGGACGACAGAGAGGUGUUCUUGAAGCAGACCCGCAUUCUUUCCGACAAGGACAAAGAACAGAUGGACAAGCAAAUUGAUCUCGGCGAUGGAAAGGGCAUGCGACAAGUCGAAGCUCUUGUCGGUCGACAGAAGUGGAAGAAAACAUUCCAAUAUGAAGUUAAAUGGAGGGCAUGGCUUCCCAAGUACAACUCGCAAGUGUCACGAGAAACUCUCAUUGAAUGGGGUUUCGAGAAGCUGGUACAGGAGUUUGACGACCACGAAGCAUCUCGUGAAGGUCUAGGUUACCGAGAGCUUCAACCCACGGUCAUCUCUAAGCACUUUGAGGACCUCGGCCUCGAUCCCGAAAUCGCCAACCACAAUGAAAUCGGAAGUCUGUCUGGAGGUCAGAAAGUCAAGGUCGUCAUCGCUGGUGCUAUGUGGAACAACCCACAUUUGCUUGUUCUGGACGAACCUACUAACUUCUUGGACCGAGAUUCCCUCGGUGGUCUCGCGGUUGCAAUCCGAGACUUCAAGGGCGGUGUGGUCAUGAUUUCCCACAACGAAGAGUUUGUCGGUGCCCUUGCUAACGAACAAUGGCACAUCAACGAUGGGAAGAUGGUCUUGAAGGGUAACGCUUCAAUCCUCACGGAUCGCUUCGAGGAUAGCAGACCCGGAAGCGGUAUUACGAGCGGCAUCACAAGUGGAGUCACUAGCACAGCAGCUAGCAGCGCCGUGAGCAGUGCCGUCAACAGUGGCGUUGAAGAUAACACACCCCUGAAGUUUAAGGCUAAGAAGAAGAGAAAGAAGACCAAGAAGGAAUUGAAGGAGCAAGAGGUCCGAAGAAGACUGCGCCAUAUUGAAUGGCUCAACAGUCCCAAGGGUACCCCGCACCCACCGGAUACCGACGACGAGGAGUAAGGGCAAAUUUGUUCUACUUCAGGAAUUAUUUCAACAAGUUUAGUGCGCAUACCCAUUCAGCGGAUGAUGAUUUUCUGUUCUGUUCCCUCUAGGGUUUGGUUCCUUGUGGAUGAGGCCAUCAUGAAAAUGGCGGAUACUUGGUAGAUUGGUAUCAUCACGGAUGACGCAUAAGGAGAUUUUGCACAGGCGUUUAUAUAGAAGGGCUUACGGAAUGGCA